GACGAGUGGCUGGCGCGGGUGCGCCCCGACCUCGCUGCCCCCUGGCGCGCGGACCUGGCGAAGAGGGUGGCGCGCCCGCAGGGGCGCUCGCGCCCUGGCCAGCGCGAGGCAGCCGAGGGCGAGAGCGCGCAGCACUGCGACCAGGCGCCGCGGCCGCGCGAGGCGGCCGCGACGAGGCCUGCCGAGGGCGGCGGCGCUCCGACUGACAGCCGGGCGCAGCGCGCAGCCGUCGAGCCCAAGGCCGGCGACGAUAACGCCUCGCGCGAGCUUGCCAGCCGGGCGCCGCCGCAGCUCCACAG